GUCAGCGCGGGACCGGCGUGAGGAGGCGAGUGCGGCGGCUCUGCCACCUCCGCUGGGGCGCUUGUUGUUGGGGUUUUUAAUUGUUUUUAAGAUUAUUUUUACCUUUUCUGGGGGAACCGGGUGUGUGUGGUUUGUUUUGUUUUUUUUUUUUUUUUUCCUUUUGUUGUGGCCGGCCGGGGGACUUAAGCCGAGAUCAAUGAAGGAAAGAAGAGCGAGCCAGAAGUUAUCGAGCAAGGCGGUGAUGGAUCCCAACCAGAACGUGAAGUGCAAGAUCGUGGUGGUGGGGGACAGCCAGUGCGGCAAAACCGCGCUGCUACACGUUUUCGCCAAGGACUGCUUUCCCGAGAGCUACGUCCCGACUGUCUUCGAGAACUAUACGGCCAGCUUUGAGAUCGACACGCAGCGCAUCGAGCUCAGCCUCUGGGACACCUCGGGGUCUCCUUAUUACGACAAUGUCCGCCCGCUCUCCUAUCCAGAUUCUGAUGCUGUCCUGAUUUGCUUUGACAUCAGUCGGCCAGAAACCCUUGACAGUGUGCUAAAAAAGUGGAAAGGUGAAAUCCAGGAGUUUUGCCCAAACACCAAAAUGCUUUUGGUUGGUUGCAAGUCAGAUCUACGCACAGAUGUAAGCACACUAGUGGAACUUUCCAACCACAGGCAGACACCUGUGUCCUACGAUCAGGGUGCAAAUAUGGCCAAACAGAUUGGAGCAGCUACAUAUAUUGAAUGCUCAGCCUUACAGUCAGAAAACAGUGUCAGAGACAUUUUUCAUGUUGCCACCUUGGCGUGUGUGAAUAAAACAAAUAAAAACGUUAAACGAAACAAAUCGCAGAGGGCAACAAAGCGGAUUUCACACAUGCCUGGCAGGCCAGAACUUUCCACAGUGGCGACGGACUUGCGAAAGGACAAAGCAAAGAGUUGCACGGUGAUGUGAAGGACCUUGAUUUCCUGGAGAAGGAGGAAGAGAGCAUCUGGGAGGGGUGGAGGCUCAAUGAAGUAUACAGCCACAUGGUAUUUAAUGAGGGCUUAUGCCAGUGCUUUAAUGGAGACUUCACCUCUUUUGUGAGACUGUACUUAGGAACUGAGCAGCAAGAGGAAAUGGCUGUAAACAAGGUGGCAUCAGGAAAUGAUUCAUUGAAGAAAAUGCCAAAAAAAAACCCCAAAAGGGAAAAUGUUUGAAUGUGCUGAGAAGAGAGGGCGAAUGGGAAAAUAACACUGCGAAGGACAGAUGUCAUUGUCAGUGCUUGUUUCUUUUAUUAACGCUCUACUCCUGGAUGCUACCACUUUGAUUUCAUUAAAAUAAUACUUUAAUUUUUUUUUAAAGAAGACAUUAUUAAUAUGCCCUUGUUAUUAAGGAUCUAUCCCUGUGACCUUAUAGUUGGUUUUCCAAAGGAUAUGAUCUAAUUUUUUAGUAGCUGAUUGUUAAAAUGGAGAGUAUGCCGAGGCCUGUGCGUCACCUAGAGGAAAACACUAUAUGUGAGAAGUCUGGAGUUUUGCCUUCCCAAAACAGCAGCGCAAUCUGCACUUGAGCACGUUGGUAAUGAAGACAACCGUUUGAGAUUUCCCAGUAUUAUAGGUGUCCUCACACUGUGGAAAUUAAAAUGGAUCAAAUUGGGAUGUGGGGGUAAACUACCUGCCUGUUGUAGGACUCUGACUUUACAUUCCUCCCUGUGAUUGUAACUUAGAGUGGAAAUGGUCUCCGGUUCUGGUGUACUGUGUGGGUAUGUUGCUGUAGGUUCAAAUGAAAGGUGCUAAGAGCUAUGAUGACAAAUGAUCUUUAGUUUUACAACCAUGAUAAUUUGUUAAGCCUUACUGCCCACCUGGGGAAGCCCUGAGGCUCCUUUUCUUCUGGUGGAAGUUGGAGAGCCAGGUGAAUCCCAGGAUCUAGCCCUCUGUAAAUGUUACAGAGAAGUGCUGUGCUGUGAUGUGGUUCACUGCAAUUAUCUUUGCAAAAAAACCCAAGAAUCUGCAAAUGAGCCAGCAGAGCCAGGUUAUCUUUUGUGAUGCUCUUGUUUUUGGGGCAGCCAUCUCUCGCUGCAGACUGCGUUUGCUUGUGGUGAGGAAAUGGGGUCUGAAGAACUGUGACGCCUUAAGGGGUCCCCAGUGGAAACUGGAUACUGCCUUAGUCUUUAAGAUUAAUAGAUAUGUAUCCAGGCAACAAUCAUGAAACAUCGGUGAACCGGUUAAGUCAAAUUCCUUUUUGCUUACUGAAUACUAUUGUUACAUUAUAAACGGGCCUUUAAAAUUAUUUGCAAGCUGCUUACUGACUGACUUAACUUCAUAGCUUCUCUCAAAAGAAGGAUACUGUAAGCUCUAACCGGUGUGGUUAUCUCUUGUUGAGGACAAGCAUUUUGUUCCCAAGGGUAAUGCUUCAUUUUUGAAGUGUUAAAGCUGUGUUCAUGUUAACUUGCGCAAAGGUAAAGGGUUACCAUAACUAAAAUUCAGUUCUGUGUGUUCCCGGCGCUUUGUUUCAUCUGAUAAAAGAAGAAAAAAAACCACAAAACCCAUUCCGAUUAUUUCCCAGAAAAAGACAUUUUUACCACCACGAUAAGCUUUUGACUGAUACAACAGUGCGCUUAGGGCAGUAUUACAAAAUAGCUGGUAAGUGCUUUCUGUAUUUAAAUAUUGUGGAAAAAAAUAAGUUAUAACUGUUAAAGCAGGACAUUCAUUACUUUUUUUUUAAUUGUUGAAGUCACUUUGUAUGUUUGGUUAAUGUUUCUGCAGUAUUUAUUAAAAUACCAUUUUUUUUCUUUGAAUUAAAAAAAAAUGAUUGACUUGUA